CGGGGCAGCGGCUCCUGUCAGCGGGUGAAAUGGCAGCGACAGAGCCGGCGGCGGCCGCGGUCCCGGGGGGCGGCUGAGGGGGCCGGGCCGGGCUGCGGGGCGAGCGACGCGGCGGGGCCCGGGACGGCGGCGCGGCCCGGGACGGCGAGGCUCGGCAUGGCUAUGGCAGCGCGCUCUUCGCAGACAGAGCUGUGACCUGGCCCUGCUCGCAGCUGAGGAGCCUGCCCACCAUGGCGAGCCCCACUCUGAGCCCCGACUCCUCGUCCCAGGAGGCCCUGUCGGCCCCCACCUGCUCCCCCACCUCUGACUCCGAGAACCUAAGCCCCGAUGAGCUAGAGCUACUGGCCAAACUCGAAGAGCAGAACAGGCUCCUGGAAGCCGACUCCAAGUCCAUGCGCUCCAUGAAUGGCUCCCGGCGGAACAGCGGCUCCUCGCUGGUGUCCAGCUCCUCAGCCUCCUCCAACCUGAGCCACCUGGAGGAGGACACAUGGAUCCUGUGGGGCCGGAUCGCCAACGAGUGGGAGGAGUGGCGGCGCAGGAAGGAGAAGCUGCUCAAGGAGCUGAUCCGCAAGGGCAUCCCACACCAUUUCCGGGCCAUCGUGUGGCAGCUCCUGUGCAGCGCCACGGACAUGCCAGUCAAGAACCAGUACUCGGAGCUGCUCAAGAUGUCCUCACCUUGCGAGAAGCUGAUCCGCAGGGACAUUGCCCGCACCUACCCGGAGCACGAGUUCUUCAAGGGCCAGGACAGCCUGGGCCAGGAAGUGCUCUUCAACGUCAUGAAGGCCUACUCCCUGGUGGACCGGGAGGUGGGCUACUGCCAGGGCAGCGCCUUCAUCGUGGGCCUGCUCCUCAUGCAGAUGCCCGAGGAGGAGGCCUUCUGUGUGUUCGUGCGGCUGAUGCAGGAGUACCGCCUGCGGGAGCUCUUCAAGCCCAGCAUGGCAGAGCUGGGGCUCUGCAUCUACCAGUUCGAGUACAUGCUACAGGAGCAGCUCCCGGACCUGAACACCCACUUCCGCUCCCAGAGCUUCCACACGUCCAUGUAUGCCUCCUCCUGGUUCCUCACGCUCUUCCUGACCACCUUCCCACUGCCCGUCGCCACGCGUGUCUUUGACAUCUUCAUGUACGAGGGCCUGGAGAUCGUGUUCCGGGUGGGCCUUGCCCUGCUGCAGGUGAACCAGAUGGAGCUGAUGCAGCUGGACAUGGAGGGGAUGUCCCAGUACUUCCAGAGGGUAAUCCCCCAUCAGUUCGACAGCUGCCCGGACAAGCUGAUCCUCAAGGCUUACCAGGUCAAGUACAACCCCAAGAAGAUGAAGAGGCUGGAGAAGGAGUACGCAGCCAUGAAGAGCAAGGAGAUGGAGGAGCAGAUCGAGAUCAAAAGGCUUCGGACAGAGAACCGGCUCCUCAAGCAGCGGAUUGAGACCCUGGAGAAGGAGAGCGCUGCUCUGGCUGAUAGGCUAAUCCAGGGGCAGGUGACACGAGCGCAGGAGGCUGAGGAGAAUUACGUCAUCAAGCGGGAGCUGGCAGUGGUGCGGCAGCAGUGCAGCUCAGCGGCCCAGGACCUGCAGAAGGCACAGAGCACCAUCAGGCAAUUGCAGGAGCAGCAGCCCGGCCCUGGAGGUGGACGGGGUGGGGCCAGGCCUGGGCCCACAGCCGGCUGGCAGGAAGGCUGCCCCCCUCUGGCCACAGCCUGGGGCCCAACGCAGCCCUCUGCCCGCCCCCAGGAUAACCCGCGCCUCACCGAGGACUUUGUGGCCCACCUGGAGACAGAGCUGGAGCAGUCACGGCUGCGGGAGACCGAGACCCUGGGGGCCCUGCGGGAGAUGCAGGACAAGGUUCUAGACAUGGAGAAGAGGAACAGCUCGCUGCCUGACGAGAACAACGUGGCGCAGCUGCAGGAGGAGCUGAAGGCGCUCAAGGUGCGGGAGGGUGAGGCCGUGGCCUCGGCGCGGGAACUGAAACUGCAGCUGCAGGAGCUCUCGGACACCUGGCAGGCCCAUCUGUCCCGCGGCGGCCGCUGGAAGGAGUCCCCGCGGAAGCUGGUCCUGGGCGAGCUGCAGGACGAGCUGAUGAGCGUGCGGCUGCGCGAGGCCCAGGCUGUGGCCGAGGGCCGCGAGCUGCGGCAGCGCGUGGUGGAGCUCGAGACGCAGGACCACAUCCACCGCAACCUGCUGAACCGCGUGGAGGCGGAGCGAGCGGCGCUGCAGGAGAAGCUGCAGUACCUGGCGGCGCAGAACAAGGGGCUGCAGACGCAGCUCAGCGAGAGCCGCCGCAAGCAGGCCGAGGCCGAGUGCAAGAGCAAGGAGGAGGUGAUGGCCGUGCGCCUGAGGGAGGCGGACAGCAUGGCGGCGGUGGCCGAGAUGCGGCAGCGCAUCGCCGAGCUGGAAAUCCAGUCCGGCGACCUGGCCCGCCCGCAGAGGGAGGAGGGCCGCAUCCAGGGCCAGCUGAACCACUCGGACUCGUCGCAGUACAUCCGCGAGCUCAAGGACCAGAUCGAGGAGCUGAAAGCCGAGGUGCGGCUUCUGAAGGGCCCGCCGCCCUUCGAGGACCCACUGGCCUUCGACGGGCUCGGCCUGGCACGGCACCUGGAUGAAGACUCGCUGCCGUCGUCGGACGAGGAGCUGCUCAGCGUGGGCGUGGGCGCGGCGCUGCAGGACGCGCUCUACCCGCUGUCCCCGCGCGACGCGCGCUUCUUCCGCCGUCUGGAGCGGCCGGCCAAGGACAGUGAAGGCAGCUCAGACAGCGAUGCCGACGAGCUGGCCGCGCCCUACAGCCAGGGCCUGGACAACUAAGGCAGUGCCCCGCGUGCUCGGAGCCCGGGGCCGCCGCCUGCCCGCUCCUUGGCCGCCGCCCGCACUUAACAAACUCCAGGCCCUCGGUGGUCCCGCCCACCCCGAGGGCCAGGACCAGCGCGGCAGGGCGCGGAGGGUAGGACCGAAGUCUGGGGAUCCUGAGUCCCCUGGCAGGCCCACUCUCCCCAGCAGUGUUUACCGAUCUUGGUCCGUAGCCCUCUGGGCCCAGUUACCUGGAGGGUCUGCCCCUCUUAACAGCCAGGGCAGGGGCGGACCCAGGGGUCCCAGGACUGGAGGAGCAGGAACCUCCCCCCUCCUAGCUGGCCUCCUUCUGGGACAAGGGUGGCCCGGCUGGGAAGGACCCAGGAGCUAGAGGAGGCCUGAGGAAGAAGAGGCCGCUCUAGGCCUGUCGUUACAACCCCGUGCCACCCUCGGGACCCUUGGCCUCUGGGGACAGAUGGCCAGGCUGGGUUUUCCUGCCUGGGGCAGGCACUGUGGCCCCUGCGACAGAAACCAAAGCCCCCCCUACUGUGUGCAGGGCCGCGCAGGGUGUGGUGGCCAGCCGGAACCAGCCAGGGCCUGGGUAGUGUCUGUCCCUGCUUCUUGGGGGCCAGAGCAGCUGUAAGGAAGUGAAGAGACCCCCCUCUCCCCAGCACACCACGUCUCCCUCUGUGACAGUCCCAUCACCCCAGCCUGGCCAGUGAUGAAGGGGCUCCCCGACCCAGGCUAGCCUCCUCUCCAGGGGGUCCCCAGCCUCCACUUCCGUUCCUUCUCAGUAUCCCCAGCCCCACUCUCUGGCCAGAGCCAGGCCCCAGGGGAGGAGGCCUCCCAGUUGAGUUGCCUCCCAGCGCCUGCUCAUGGUGGUCCCGUGGUCUCUGCUGAGUCAGAACCAAGAACGGUGCCAAAAUCCAACGAUGCCCCCAGACCCCUGCCCCCUGGGGCCUCACGACCCUCAGGCUGACCCUCUCGGUGCUCCUGGAGCCUAGAGCAGCAUCACAAGCAGUCUCCCCGGCACUUCCUGGGGUGGGGAUCCAUGCUCAGUACCCCCUUCCCGGUCGCCCACUCCUCAGUGUUACAAAGCCUGGGGACCAGGGUGGGCAUCCGAGGGGCUCUCCCAUGUGCCCCCCACACUGCCCCCCACCAUUUUGCACACUGCCUGUUCACACUCCACAUGUCGCCCAGGCGGGAAAGAUGGAAAAUAAAGUGUAUUUACACAGUAA